AUCGAUUGUGGGGUUCAGCGGCAGCAUUGGAAAGUUCACAUGCUGAAAAAUGUUGGUGUUUGCAGCGACUGAGUGCACACAGAGGCCUCUGUGACCACUUUGCUGAUACAUCUUAAUAUUUCUGAGUCUCUUCUCCUUCUGACAACUAGUGAGCUUUCACCACUUGAUCCAACCACAAGUGAGCCCACCCAUUUUGCUACUUGGUCUUUCGUCUCAGUCUCUCCGGUCUCUGUUGUCUCUGCACCCCCUCUCAAGCAACACCUUCUGACAACUAAGUUUUGAAUUAUUAUUUCUUUUAGUAAGAGAGAAACAGUGCUGACGGUAUGCCAGAGUGCGGCUAUCCGUCGCCAUAUGUGGUGGACACCCAUGCCAACCGGCCUCCAUUGCCACCCAGGCUGAGCCGGAAGAGACAGCGUCUUGGGGUGGCACAGACCCUGUUGUUCAUGCUGGUGAGCCUGGCCUUGUUUGGCAUGUUCAUCGAAGCCUACUUAAUCUACCACUUCCACAUUUCUGAAUAUGCCACCUCAGGAUCGUCCUCCAAGCUCAUUGCAGAUGUGAACUCUCCCACUGAGAGGCCCAGCGAUGUUCUUCCUUCCAAACCUGUCGCACAUCUGACAGGUGGACAGGAUGUAGUUCACAAGAGUCACAUCAUGGCAUGGAGCAUGAACGCAGACCCGACCCUUUAUGAGAUGGACUACAAAGACAGAUGUCUUGUCUUUCAGAAGGAGGGUUAUUACCACGUCUACUCCAAGGUUUACUUUUUCAGCAGUGAGCCAUUCGAACACUCCAUUCAUUGGAGAACCAAACGGUACAAAGGGAAAAGUAUUCCCCUCCUCUCCUCCACAACACACCCGGAAUCCUCCCACAGGAAGAAGGGCAGAGAUCACAGAUUUAACAGUGAUCAGAAGUCCAACAGUUACCUGGGCGGAGUGUUUCACUUCUACAAAGAUGAUGCCAUUUUUGUUCAUGUGAGCAACUCCUCUCAAAUAGUGAGAUCGAAACCCUCUGAGAACAUCUUUGGUGCAUUUAUGAUAUAAAUGUUAAACUGAUAUCUCAAAAACAGAUCUAAGAAUGUUACGUUAAGAAAUAAAAUAAAAAAGGGCGGGGGGAUAAAAUGUCUCAAGGAUGAAAGAUUCUCUCUGAAAUAAAAAAGGGUCAGCUACAGGAAACAGAAGCAGGUGUGAAACCUGCUUCUUUAGUUGGCAGGUCACGGCUGCUUGUGGCUUUCAUGAGGUGAGGGGAAACUUUGACAUUUUUUUAUCAGGUUUGAGGUGUGACAUAAUUCCACACUGCAUUCUCACAUCAGGGACUUUCUAUCUGCUUUCUUGUGUACUUUGAAUGUUACACAAAAUACUUUUAUACACUCCUCAGUCUCUCUGAUCAUCGUAUUGUUGAGUACAACAUAUACAGUUCAAUCUGAAACCAUGCACAUUCCUUUUCAUUCUUGCUGUAACACAUAAUCCAUAUAUUUAUUUAUUCCUCUAUGAUUAAACUGCUUAAUCUACUCUAUUUAUGUACAAUAAUAAUGUAUAAAAUAAAACAUUCAAAUAAACCGAUGUUGGGUUUGAAA